AUGAAAUUCCAAAACACAGCUGAAUCUGUGAAGCAUGGUCGCACAGAACUGCAGACAAAUGGUGGCACAGGAAUCUCUCGGCUUGGCUACGCUGCUGAGGAGAUCACGAAGUUGCAAGACUGGAGGCAAAGUGAAGGCUGCUGGGUGUGGCUGACACUGAUUCCUCGCUGGCAGUGGGUUCAGGAUUCAAUUCCCCUUCAAAGUGGAGCAAAGGCGCUGGUUCCUCUUUGGCCAUAUAUGCUGUCUCCAAUACCGCUCAUAUAUGGCUCUCCUCCAGUGAUGAAUGACAAGACCCCAGGUCUUUCUUUCUACCAAAUGGUACCUAAAGACACUUUCCAGUAUGAAGGGAUUCUCUCUUUGCUUCUGCAUUUCAGAUGGUUGUGGAUUGGAAUGAUUGCUAUGGAUAAUGAUACUGGAGAAAGAUUUAUACGAACAGUUUUUCCCUUGUUUUUCCAGAGUGGUGUCUGUGUUGCCUUCAUAGAAAGGAUUCCUAGACCAGGAUUUGGCAGUGAUAUAAAGAAGAGUCUGGAAGGGGGGGCGAAGAUACAUGAUAUAAUCAUGCUCAGUGAAGCCAAUGUAUUAGUGGUCAAUGGAGACUCUUAUUCCAUGGCUUUUUUUAGGUGGUUUCCAUAUCUAUCAUACCAAGCUGAAAUAAUGAAGAAACCCAUAGGUAAAGUGUGGAUAGUGACAGCCCAGGUGGAACUCACAUCAUUUGUCUUCCAAAGAGAUUGGGAUUUAAGUUUUUUCCAUGGAGCCUUGUCCUUUGUGAUACAUUCCAGUGACCAACAAGACUUUGAACUAUUCCUGAGAAACCAAACCCCCUCAGUCUACAGCAGUGAUGAUUUUAUCGUGGACUUCUGGCAACAGGCCUUUGGCUGCAUGUUCCCAAAUCCACAUCUGGGCAAAGUGGAAGGAGAUACUUGUACUGGGAAAGAGAACCUGGAGAGCCUUCCUGCAACUUUCUUUGAAACCCAAAUGACUGGUCAUAGCUACAACAUCUAUAAUAUUGCUUAUGCAGUAGCCCAUGCUUUACAUGCCAUGUUUUCAGGUGGAGUACUUAAAGAUACUAGAAUACGAAAUAAGGAUCUACUUUGGUGGCAGCUCCACCAAUUUCUGAGAGCUGUCUCCUUCAACAACAGUGCUGGGGAAACCAUUUCUUUUAACCAGGAUGGAGAAUUGGUAGCUGGGUUUGACGUGAUCAAUUGGAUUAUUUCUUCCAACCAGUCCUUUCAAAGGGUGAAAGUUGGGAGGGUGGACCCCCAGGCCCCUCCAGGCAAAGUGUUUACCAUCAAUGAAGAUGCUAUAACGUGGCACAUUUGGUUUAACCAGCCACCCACUGUGCGAUGCAGCAUCCAUCAUCCGUAUAACCCACUCCACAAGUAUCAUCAGGCAGGAGACCUCUUGAUUGGUGCCAUUGUGUCUCAGACUUUUGUUUUCUUUGACAAUGAAAUAGAGUUUAUAGAAUACCCUCUACCAGCAUCAGUUGGUGAUUUCAAUGUAGUGCUUAAGAAUUACCAGCAUAUCCUGGCCUUGGCAUUUGCAGUAAAGGAGAUCAAUGAAACCCCUCAGAUCUUACCCAAUCUCACCGUGGGUUUCCGUAUUUAUGACAGCUAUUUCAAUGCACAGUGGACCUAUCAUGCUACAAUGCUUCUUAUAUCAUCCUCUGAGAGAUUUCUCCCCAACUAUUCAUGUGACACUCAGAAUAAUGUUAUAACAGUCAUUGGUGGUCUUGAUACCCAAACCUCCCUUCAUGUUGCAACUCUUCUAGAUAUUUACAAGAUUCCACAGAAUCCCCACACACUAACAUAUGUUACUGCAUUUGAUAAAAUGAUGGCGCAGGGAGAAAAAAUAUGCCAUAAACUAACACACACAAAAGCAAAUGCCAUUGUGGCCUAUGGAGAAUCUUAUUCUAUGGCCUAUUUUAGAUGGCUUACAAUUUUAAUGGAGAACCAAACACUACAAGGAAAAAUAUGGAUAAUGACAGUUCAGGUGGAACAAAUUUCAUUCAUCUAUCAAAAGGACUGGAAUGCAGAAUUGUUCCAUGGUUCCUUAGCAUUCACAAUUCAUGUCAAUUACAUACCAGGAUUUCAUCAAUUUCUUGAGAGCCAAAGUCCUUCUCAUGUACCUGAAGAUGAUUUUAUAAAGAGCUUCUGGGAAGUUGCCUUCGAUUGUAGGCUCCCAGAUACAGCUGAAGGCAAUGAGGUGAAGAAUAUUUGUUCAGGGAAGGAAAAGCUGGAGAGCCUUCCUGCCUCAUUGUUUGAAAUGAGCAUGACUGGCCAUAGCUACAGCAUCUACAAUGCUGUCUAUGCAAUAGCUCAUGCUCUUCAAGACAUGUCCUUGUUCAGACCCAAAGACAAAACAAUGGUGGUCAAAGGAGAAUGGAAGGGACAACUUCGAGAAUUUUGGCAGCUUCACUAUUACCUGAGAAUGGUCUCCUUUAACAAUAGUGCUGGGGAUAAGAUUUUUUUCAAUCAGAAUGGAGAAUCUGUGUCUGGAUUUGAUGUGAUGAACUGGAUUGUUUCUUUCAACCAGUCCUUUCAACGUGUCAAAGUUGGGAGAGUGGACCCCCAGGCCACCCUAGGCAAAGUGUUCAUCAUCAAUGAAGAUGCUAUAACUUGGAACAAUUGGUUUAAUCAGGCACAACCUGUCUCUCUGUGCAGUGAGAGUUGUGUUCCAGGUUCCAGGAAGAAAAUGAGGGAGGGGCAGCCAUUUUGUUGCUAUGAUUGCAUCCCAUGUCCUCCAGGGAAGAUCUCAGGCAAGAAGGAUAUGAAUGACUGUUAUAAAUGUGCAGAUGAAAACUAUCCCAGCAAGACCCAGGAUUUCUGCAUUCCCAAAACUGUAACCUUCCUUUCUUAUGAAGAACCUUUGGGACUCUGUUUAGGGUUGUCUGCUGUUUCCUUUGCUCUGAUUACAGCCUCCGUGCUUGGCAUCUUUCUGAAGCACCACAACACUCCCAUUGUCAUAGCCAACAACAGGGACCUCACCUAUGCUCUUCUCAUCUCUCUCCUGCUCUGUUUUCUAUCUGCUUUGCUUUUCAUCGGCCGUCCUGGGAAGAUCUUGUGUUUCCUCUGCCAAACUGCUUUUAGCUUUAUCUUCACAGUGGCUAUUUCUUGUGUACUGGCAAAAACCAUCAUAGUCAUUCUGGCUUUUCUGGCCACCAAACCAGGAUCCAUAUUGAGAAAAUGGGUGGGGAAAAGGCUCACCAAUUCCAUUGUUCUUUUCUGUUCCCUUUUUCAAAUGAGCAUUUGCGCUGUGUGGCUGUCAACCUCUCCCCCUUUCCCAAAUGUUGACAUGCAUUCAGUGGAGGAUCAGAUUGUUCUGGAAUGUAAUCAAGGUUCUGUGACCAUGUUUUAUUGUGUGCUGAGCUAUCUGGGCUUUUUGGCCAUGGUGAGUUUCACCGUGGCCUUUGUUGCCAGGAAGUUACCAGAUGCUUUUAAUGAAGCCAAGCUUAUCACAUUCAGUAUGCUGGUUUUCUGCAGUGUUUGGAUAUCCUUUGUUCCAACCUACCUGAGCAUCAAAGGAAAGUAUAUGGUGGCUGUGGAGAACUUCUCCAUUUUAGCCUCCAGUGCUGGACUGCUAGGGUGCAUUUUUGUCCCCAAGUGUUUCAUUAUUUUGUUGAGGCCUGAGCUGAACCACAGGGAACAGAUAAGGAAAAGAAAGACCUGA